AUGCCGAGUGGAGAACAUGUUACCGUUAAAAGGUUGUUGGCUAUGAGCAGGGGUUCCUCUCAUGAUCAUGGGUUCAAUGCAGAGAUACAGUCUCUUGGGAGGAUCAGACACAUGCAUAUUGUUAGGUAUAAGAUAGCAGUGGAGGCUGCGAAGGGUUUUUGCUAUCUCUAUCAUGAUUGCUCUCCUUUGAUCCUCCAUCGUGAUGUGAAAUCAAGCAAUAUUCUGCUGGGCUCUAACUUUGAAGCACAUGUUGCUGAUUUUGGACUUGCUAAGUUCUUGCAAGAUUCAGGGACAUCAGAAUGCAUGUCUUCCAUUGUUGAUUCUUAUGGUUACAUUGCUCCAGGACCUGAGCUGGACCCACCGGAACUGCUUGGGCCGGAACUUCAUCAUCAAACUCAACUUGAGACUCUGCCGCUGGUGCUACUACUCUGGGCGGAGCUUUGUCCCUGCCUCGACCUUGCCCUCUGCCCCUCGUGGGAGCUGGUGUUGGGGGAUCGGGCUGCUGAUCAGUAG